GUUACUCCAGUGGUGGCGCGCUAACAGAGCUAUGAAUGAAGAGGAAGGGCAGAGGAAACUCUUUGAUGUUCUCAUGAAGUAUGAGUACAAUGAUGCCGCCGACAUGGUGCUACCGGUGUCCUUGAGGCCAGAGGGUCUGCCAGAAAGGAAUCCAAGGAUGCCUAGGGUACCCCCUCCAAGAGAUCUUAAUGAUGGUCCGAUGCUUGAAAUAAUUGCAAAAAUGCGGUGUUCACCAGUAGAACUUGCAGAUAGACUGCAAGUACCAGAUCGUAAUUUUCUCCAAAUCAAGAAACAAUGGCUUGAUGUCAACAAACAGAAGUUCUUUUUCCUGAGGAAUUGGACCAUCAGAAAUAGAUCAAUUUAUGGAGGAAAUACUCUUGGAUGGCAGCUGUGUAAAAUAUUGUUGGAAAUGGGAAUGGAUCAACUUGCAGAUUUACUUGUUCAUGGAUCCCCAGACCGCCGAAGAUGGUUUCAGGAAACAAACUUUGAGAACUACCAGGAAAAUCUUGAAGAGGAGAAUUCACAUCGUACCUCCUACGAAUACCCCCAACAUCGUGUAGGAUAUGACAAGGACAUCAUCGUCAUCGACACGUCCCCCGAGGCACAGAAGUUGGAUCUGGGAGUUGAGUCUGUCGUCGAAGUGAAGAUUAGAGGGGAGUCCCACUAUGGUGUCAUCAAGUCACUGAAUAUUCAUCUUAAUUGGCUUGAUGAACUUUUAGCUGGUAUAGAGCUAGAGGAACCGAUUAUUGGUGGUACUGACGGCAGCUUUGAAGGUAUCCAAUACUUCACAUGUGGAUCACGGAAGGCAGUCUUUGUCUAUCUGUCUCAGUGCAGACCAGAUUCACGGUUCCCAAGUAAUGCUGAUACCUACAGGGUCUUCACAAGAGAAACCAGUCUAGAUGAUACUGGUAAUAACAAAGGAAACAACGACCAACUGACAUCUCUCAAACAUGACUUGGGGAGCAAUCGGGAUGAUAUUUCCUUUGGUGGUCUUUCAGCACCCCCUGAGAUACUUGCUAGGGGGCGGAGAGCACAGCGAGCGUAUGCCGAAGCAGCUCAAGCUGGCACAAAGAAAGUAUUCCGAACGCGACUGAUGUUUGUUGGACAAGAACGUGUUGGAAAGACAAGUUUAAAGAAAACUCUUACAGGACAAGGAUUUGAUAGAAGUGAGGCAAUAACAGACGGUGUAGAAACAACAAACACAUGUGAAAUAUGUGUCGAGGUUGCAAAGGCUGGCGAGAAAAUGUGGUCAAUUCACAAGAAAGGACAUGGGAAUGAAGAUGCAAAAGAGAAUGAAUAUAGUAAAGCUCUUGCCGAUGAAAUAGCAAAGAGGCUGAUCGUGACUCCACCACAGGUUCUAACAAGUUUGGAACCACACAGCGAUACUACUCACAGCAGAGGCCUAAAUCCUGAAGAAACAGAGGAUGAAUAUAUUAAAGCUCACAUGGAUGAAAUAGCAAAGAGGCUGACCAUGACCCCAACACGGGAUCAAGAAAGUUUAGAACCACACAUCGAUACUACUAUCGUCAGAGGCCUGAAGCCUGUAGAAGCAGAAGAAUUUGUCUUGGAUAAUGUGGAGGCGCCCAAGGCUAAAGAGGAGGAAGACAAUAUGCCAAAUCAAAUAGCAAGUCUGGUGGAGAAAACGCUUAAGGAACAGGUUCACCUAAAGGAGAUAGGAUCAGACAAUGCUGAUAGCGGUAGAAGAGAAGGAGUCUCACUAAGUAUAUGGGACUUUGCCGGACACGACAUAUACUACACAACCCAUCAGGUGUUUCUGACGUGGCGAGCCAUUUAUGUGAUUGUCUUUGAUCUCAGUAGAAAUUUAGAUUCUGUUGUUCCCCCUGAAUCCAGAGACCAGUAUUAUGAAAUGGCUAAAGGAGGUGCCAAAUCAGAACUGACAUGUCUACAGUUUAUCAAUUUCUGGUUGUGUUCCAUCUUCGCCCAUGCUGUGGUGCCCUCUUCGGUCAGAAAUAAGAAUACGUCUAAUACUGCCCAGAAAUCUCCACCGAUAUUUAUCGUUGGAACUCAUCGAGAAAGUGUGAAAGGAGAUGCAAAAGAGAAAAAGAAAAAGAUUGGUACUGCCUUUGAGAAGAUCCAUGACUCUAUCAUGACUUGGCCGUUUGAAUGCCAUGUGGUCCCCAAGUAUUAUGCCAUUGAAAACAGCUUAGAGGACAAAGAUGAAGAGCUGGUCGCGUUGAGGAGACAUAUAGAGAAAGUGGCGAUGGAAGAGCCUUACAUGGGAGAAGAGAUUCCACUCAGAUGGCUCUUAUUUGAGGAAGCUCUAGCUGCAGAUAAAGUCAAUUACAUGUCAUUAGAUCAGACCAAGGAACUGAUGCAGCCAGUCGGGAUGGAAUCGGAGCAUGAACUUCUCACGAUGCUGACCUUCUACCACGACUUGGGGUAUGUCGUCUACUACGGAGGCAUUGAAGACCAGCAGUCUCUCCUACGAGACAUGGUGAUCCUUAAUCCUCAGUGGCUAAUUGAUGUCUUCAAGCAGGUCAUAACCAUCCUGGAUCCUGCAAAGAGGGAUGGCAUCGUGAGUGAUGCUUGGACCACUCUUCAGAAGGAUGGUAUCUUAGAGGAUAGGUUGAUUCAUCAUAUGUGGCAAGGUUUUUUGGAGCAUAAGGAGGCCCUAGUCAAGCUCAUGGCCAAGUUUGAUCUCAUCUGUGAGGCUCCUGUAGAACGACUCCAGCAAGAGCAACAGGAUGGAGUAGACACUGAGGUAUCAAAUGAAACAGAGAAGGUGGGAAACAAGCGCUACUAUGUUCCUUCCAGGCUGACGUCCCAUUGCCCCCCAGAAGAGAUUGCACAGAUCAAAUCUUCUACAGACUUUUAUGUGGACUUCCAGCGCUUCUUACCAGAUGGGCUGUUUCAUCGGUUGAUGACAAGAGCAGUCAGAUGGAUGGAUGAAAGAGAUGGAAAACCAGUCAAUCUUUUCCAUCGUCACAUCAGUCUAAUGGUUGAUGAAGUGCAUCAUGCCUUACUAGAGAUGUUACCUCCACUUGAAGCCACUAUCAAGGUCACUGUAUUCCGAGGACCGGUUGCUGAUGCCGAUCAUGAUGGGGAUAGUCGUAAACCUCCAGCCCCAAGUGCUGUCAAAGAGGUGAUGGACUUUGUUACGGAAACCCUUGAUAGCCUUAUUCAGCUCUGGGCUAGGAGGAUAGAGUAUGAUGUCUGCUUUCUGUGCCCGAAGUGCAGUAAGAAGAUGCUGCUUAAAGACUGCUACAAGGGAAUGUCACUCAAGUGUGUACUACAUAACAUCCCUACGGCUGCAAUCAAGUUCAAGUUUGGAAUAACCGGGGUAUCACUAGCGAACACACAUUCCACAUCUUCAAGGCUGUCGUCAUCCACAAUAGUCAACAUUCCUCCUCAAGGUGCAGCAGCAGCAGUUGGUGAAGUUUCUACUUCUACAGCAAGGGCAGUGAGCGACAAAAUGCUAAAUAGGUUGGCAAAAGAAAUACCAAUCAAUGACUACCUCACAUUCAGUGAAAAGCUUGGAAUCACGCGAACCCAGGCCAAGAACAUUCUUGUAGAGUGUCUCAACAACUGUGAGAGGGCAACGAGUGAAUGCAUUGCAAAAUGGAGGAUAAGAUCACCUCGUAGUGUGGCUGACUUACAUGAAGUUCUGAGAGAAGCUGAAUUGGAGACUUUAAUUUGGUUACUGUAAUGAACAUCAAUAAAAAGUAAGCCAUGUGGGGGGGGGGGGGGAGGGAAUGUGGUCAACACACACACACAAACUCAUUAACGCAUACAUUGAGCAUUAUGUUCUGCGACGGAGGAGAUACGCAUACAACCAAAACACUACUAUAAUAAUAACUAUAAUAAGUAAAUGUCCAAUUACUAUCAUAGAGUUAAAAUACUGAGAUUCUGGCCAAAUUUAUUGGGGGAGGGGGAUAUCAAAACAAAAUUUAAAAGAUAAAAUGUUUUUGGCUCAAAAUUUAUAUUCAACAAACUGCCAUAAUUAACUCUAUGGAAUUGAUGUCAACUUAAAGGUAUUUUGAUUAUCGAUCAUAUGACAUCAACUCCAUGGUGAUUUAAGGUUUGACUUAAAAUUUAUCUUUAAAAACCUUUUAAACACACAUUACACAUAUAUCCAUACAGUUAACACACAUAUUUCGUUUUUGUGGAAAUCAAAUCAAUAACCUUGGGUUGCUAUGAAUUUUCACCGAAAAGAGAUAUAAGCCUCUCCUUUGCACAAUAUAUUGUUCUAGUACAUUCCUGGAACGUUUCAAACAAAGAAUCCCUCCCUAAUAUUUGAUAUAUGGAAAAUAAUGUUAUAAUUCAAUUUUGUGAAAGAAAAUCAUCCCCAAAUCAUUAAAAAACAUUGUCAUGCCAUCUAUUUCUAAUUGCCUCGAAAAAGGUAUAAAAAUACAAAUAUUUUAUUGAUAUUUUUAUAUGAAACCAAACUCAGGGUGGUUCAAGAUUUUCUAACAGUAUUAUUUAAAAAUACUAUUUUUCUAUAAAAGGACCGCUUUCUUGGACACCCCCUCCGAUUUUGGGGUGACCGCUAAUAAUAAACUAAAAUGUAAUAAAACUUUGAAUGCAUAAUUUUAUGCAGUAAAGUCUAGGUUUGGUAUGAAAAAAGAAGAAGAUAGUUUUGAUUUUUAUCCCCUCAAAAAUUUAAGCGCAAUAAAUAGGAUCAGUGCAUGCGCAAUAGUAAUCGCCAUAGCGUAUUGAGAGAUAAGUGUGACACGCGCACAUGUACUAGAUCAAAGCUCAAUUCAUGGAGCUCCAAAUUGUUCCCUCCCACAUACAAUAAUAUGAAAGGGAACUACUAUAGCGUCCCAUCACUUGAACCUUGCUUGCAAAAGCGUGCGCGUCUCACAACUAUCUCUCUCUCAAUAUGCUAUGGUAUUCGCUUUUAUGAUAAACAUUUCCGUUAAAGCCUUUCUUGGAGAAAUCACUACUAGCAAAGUGAUUAACUUAUUCAACUUGUGGUAUUGUAUUUAGUAUGUAAGCUGUCUACUGUAGGAAACAACUAAGCAUUUUUCCUAAUCUAACUUUCUAAAUUAUACAACUCCUCAAAAUAUCACUAAUUUCAAAUUAGGAAACAAACAUGAACUAUAAUCCUUGUAAAAAUUGUUUUAGAUUUCAACGCAUUUUGAUUUUGUUUUGGUCACUAUGGCUUCUUAUAAAGAUAAUAUUUAGUAAGUUACCUUUAUGUCCUUCUACAUGCAGAGAAGCAGAUCAAAAAAAUUCAGGACGACUCUGUAUAGAUCAUUUCAACCUGUUUUGCGAUAGUCGGAAAGUCAAUAUGGUUUUAGAGCUGGUCACUCCACAUCCUCUGCACUAAUUGAUUUUGUUUAUAAAGUUUCAAAUGCCUUAGAUAAUAAACAAAUUAUGUUAGGAAUAUUUCUCGAUCUUAGUAAGGCAUUUGAUACGUUGGAUCAUAAAAUUCUCUUAGAUAAAUUGUUCAAUUAUGGAAUACGAGGUGUUUUGUUAAAAUGGUUUGAAAGCUAUUUAACAAGCCAAAAACAAAAUGUUCUUUUUAAUAAAAUUAAAUCUGAUUUUAAAACCAUAGGAUGUGGAGUACCUCAAGGCUCGAUAUUGGGACCCUUAUUAUUUCUUGUAUAUAUGAAUGAUAUUACUCAGGCUUCAUGUAUAUUGUAUGCCGAUGAUUCCAGUUUAUUUUUGUCUGAUAACGAUUUAGAUAGACUAGUGAUACGAUUUAAUGAUGAGCUUCAAAACAUUUCUCAAUGGUUGUAUAUUAAUAAAUUAAUCUUAAAUGUAAAGAAAACUAAUUAUAUAAUUUUUACAAACAAAAACAUUACAACUGAUGAUAUUGAAGUAAAGAUUAAUGGAAAUGUUGUACAGCGUUGUAACUCAUUGACAUUUUUAGGAAUUCAAAUUGAUUAUAAAAUUAGGUAUAGCACACCAAAAAUAAUUACAACAAACACAUGUUAUUUGAUGGU